UUUCUUUUUCUUUUUCUCUUCUUUCUUCCCUCCGUAUUUAUACAUUUUUUAUUUUAUUUUUCCCCAAAUCCCCAAAUACUUUGUUUCUUUUCACAUGGUAUCAAAAAAUAUCCCGACUGUAUUCAUUGUACGCCAUGGAGAAAGAUUAGAUCAUACUGAUAAACUAUGGCAACCAGAUCCAUCACUUGGAAUUUGGGAUCCUCCAAUCACACCCAAAGGAUUCAAACAAGCAGAAAAGACCGGUUCCACAAUACUUGAAAUGUUGCGUCAACAAACUAUUGAUAUAAAAAACGCAAAUAUUGUUAUUUAUUCAUCACCAUUCCAACGCUGCAUCGACACAAGUAUUGGUGUUGUGAAAGGAUUACGAAAAUCUAAAAAUAUAACAAAGACACCAACUUUAAGGAUCGAUAUUGGCUUAGGCGAGUGGAUGUGUGAACGCUUUUUUGAUUCCGUGUGUCCUGCGCAAUAUCUAAUGUCACGACAGCAAGAAAAGCUAGCUCGUCAACAAGCAUUUUCUUAUUCAAUGUUGGCAAAAAAGAGCUUUAUCACUCCUGAAGAAGAAGAGGGUAUGCUACCGGCUUUGACAAUUGAUUAUGCAUACAAUAAUCCCAAUCAAUCUGAAUUUGAUUAUCCUGAGCGUUAUACAGACAUGAUUCACAGAUUUGAAGACACACGUUUAAAUUGUUUGGAGUCUUGUCUAAAAUUGGGUAAUAAAAAGGGACAAAAAGAUGAACAGCAACCCACUGUGGUUAUAUUUGUAACACAUGCGGUAGGUGUGAACGCACUAUUGGACGGUUUUAGAAAUAGGGUGACAAUACCACUCGAAUCUAAUUAUUGCAGCAUAUCAUGUGUACGUCACUAUAAUUCAACAGUCAUUGCUGACUCAAGUGACCAAAGCGAUGAAGACUGUGAAUAUAUGCAGGAUCAUGAUGACGGAUUUAACUCUCCGUCAAAACCAACAUGGCUAAUUGACACUGUCAUGUAUGACAGACAUUUACUAUAGACCCCCACUCCACCGCCAUUAUCUUGUACAUAUUACCACACUUACUGUUCAUAUUUUAUUAUCAUUUAUGUGCAUACAUGAACCACUUCAAUGAAAGGUUCUUUCUAUCAUUUCAUUAAACACUUUUUUACUCAUGAUUGUUUGUACAACCUGUCAAUAUAUUGGAGCCCCGUCCCAAUCACAAUGAUCAGUCAGGAUGAGUUAAUUGUUUAAUCAUCCAACAUAAUGUUGAAAACUUUAAUUAAAAUAGAAACAUUUGCAAAUAACCCAAGUAAGUAGGAACUUGGUAGUUGUCCAUCAACGUUUCAGUAGUAGCAUGUACUAGUAGUGAAGCAUAUUUUAUACAAAACAAAAAUUGUUCCAAGUUAAGAUGAUAUGGCAUGUCAAUCGACGUAAACACUUCUUUUAGAUAUGUGUAUAGACCAUCACUUGAUUCCAAAUAACCCGAAUGACCAUAC